UGGAAUCCAUUAAAGUCAAGCUCUCUCUCCUUUCUCUCUCUCUCUCUCUCUCUCUCUCUCUAAACAUGGAAGCAAGUGAGAGCGAGAAACAGAACAUGAAUUGCAAUGUGACAGUUUCUGAGUCUGAUGGGAAGAGCUUGCUGGAGAACUCGGAGAUUGACAGCUUCUAUCAGAGACUCAAUAAGCUGCAUACUUCAUCUGGGCUCAACCUUGUUUUUGAUCUCAGACAAUCAAUGCUGGACUUGCAUUUGUGUUACAAAGAAGUUACUGCAAGAGGAGGGUUUCUUCAGGUUACCGCUGAUGAGAGAUGGGGCGAAGUUGCACUCGCCUUAAAAUUGGAUUGUGACAGUCUGCAGGAUUCUCAACCUCUCUUAAACCUUUACGCACUCGUUCUCUACCAGUAUGAAAAACUUUACUACUACAGGGAACCUCAAGCGAAAGCUGCUUUUACUCUAGGUCAUGCUUUUUAUAAUAUUGGGGAUGUCUCAGCAAUGGAAGGGCAGUGUAGGGAUUAUUCAUCUCAGAUGUUACCAAAUCUUGAAAAUUCUCAUGUGGAGAAGACGACGCGCAAAGAGAAUUGUCAGCCAAUAGGUUCUACAUCUGCAGAACAGAAGCAGUUCCCCCAGCUGCACUCCCAGAAAAAAGAGAUGAAAAAACGUGGCGGUUUUCCACGAGGGACACAAAGUGCUUAUACUAUCUUCCUCAGGAAAGAAUGUGAGCGGUUGAAAAGUUCUGCUCCGGAGCAACUUAAGGGUCGAAGGGUCUUAGACUUGGCCGUCGGUGCAUGGAGGUGCCUCUCUGAGAGUGAGAAACAGGUAGAGUUACUCAACUUUUACAUAGUCUACGUUAAUGUUCAGCCACUUGGUUGCAUUCGUUUUUACGUGCUUCGUGGUAUGCUAUUUUAUUCCCUUGAAGCUUUCAAACUGUGCAAUCAGUAUCUUUUAUGAUCUACUUAU